AUGAGGUGCUGGGAAAACGUCUCCACGCCCGGGACCAUCAGUGUAGAGCUGGAUGUCAGCUUGCCAUCAGCUCCCAGCUCGGUCCCUGCUCCAGAGCGGCCUGUGGUGUGGUACCACAGAGCCCGAGAGGUUCCAGGGAUGAUCUUCAGCCUCGCCUGCACACUGGCAGUCUGCCUGUGGAACCGGCUGCCACCCUCCAACACCUUUGCUAGCAUGACUGUCAAGGCCUUUGGAAGGUGCUCCUGGAGCCCUUCCCUUGGGCAAAAGCUGCUGGCACUGCUGAAGGGUGCCACCAUUGACCUGACAAGAACUUCCAAGACCUACAGGUGCAGCUGGAAUUGCAUCUUCAACAUUGUUCUGAGCAGAACGUACCCUGAGGAUGGGCCUGAUACCAUCCUGCAGCUUGGGCCCCUCGUGGUGCCCCACACAGAAUCCCCCUGGAACCAGCAGCUCUGUGACAUCAGCGCCCCGGCUGAGGCUUUCCAGGCACUAUCAGCACUACGACAUCAGACACAGCGCUGGGGGAGAAGCUGCGGGACCCGGCCCUUGGCUGAGCACCACGGGCUGUCGCGCAUCGUGGGCGGCAGCGAUGCCUCCCCGGGAGCCUGGCCCUGGAUCGUCAGCAUCCAGCUUCCCGGGGCAGCGGGCAGCGGGCACAUCUGCGGAGGCUCCCUCAUCCAUCCCCGGUGGGUCCUGACCGCAGGACACUGCUUUGACAAGUACAGGAACGUCCCGACGUGGCGCAUGGUGAUCGGGGCCACCCGGCUGUCUGAGCUGGGCCCCGAGGCCCAAGUGCGCAAGAGCAAGCGGCUGCUGAUCCACGAGAGCUACCGCAAAGGCGCCUUGGAGAACGACAUCGCCCUGCUGGAGCUGGACGAGCCCGUGCAGUGCAGCGACUACGUGCAGCUGGCCUGUGUGACUCACUUCUCCGACGUGGUGGUGUCGCAGCUCACAGACUGCCGCGUCGCUGGCUGGGGCUACACCGCGGAAGGCUCUGCAGAAACAUCCGACGUGCUGCAGGAGGCCAAGGUCCGCCUCAUCAAUGUCAAGCUCUGCAACAGCAGCGAGUGGUACGGAGGGGCCGUGCGCAGCUACAACCUGUGUGCUGGCUACCCGCGGGGCGGCAUCGACACCUGCCAGGGUGACAGCGGGGGCCCGCUCGUCUGCAGAGCUCCACACGCCAACUUCUUCUGGCUCGUGGGCCUGACCAGCUGGGGGAAAGGCUGUGCCAGACCAAAGCAGCCUGGGGUCUACACCUCCACCCAGCACUUCUUCAACUGGGUCCAGUCACGGAUUCGCUCAGGAGGAAGAAAGGAGAGAAUGAAAAGGAGCACUGGAAUUCCCAGGAGUUUCAUGGUGGAGGUGGAUGAUCCCAACACGAAGGGCGCGAUGCUGACGAGCGACGGGAAAUACGCCAUCCCAGCCAGUAAUGCGGCAGCUUAG